AUGGCGACCUGCCGACAGCAGGCUGACAGAUACGUGAGAACGUUCGAGGAGCCGGCCACGGUCAACAUCCUCCAGGAGAUCCUGGAGCGCUCUACCUGGGGCUCGUAUGGUGGGGGAAAGCUUGCAGUAUGGUACGACCUGAAAACGGCGGGUGAAAGCUCGACGCAGCCUCACCUGAGGCGCCCGUCCUUCAACCCGGACAGACUCCAGAAGACCAUCAAAGCAGCUCUCGCAGCACGCAAGCUGGAGGCUGUCACAGCGAGCUUGUUUCUCAUUCAUGGCAACGCGGGGCCCAACGCCGACGUCCUGGUCUUGUGCUUCGACGGGGGUAGAGACCACAACUUGAAGCUGUUCAACUGCAUGAUCUGCCCUGACGGCAGCCAUUGGCCGGAGCGCGAGCGCCAGCAGCUGACCGUGACCUACUCGGAGGAGAGCGUGCUUGCUCGCAAAGCGACGCAGCGCGGCUUCAUUCAGCUUGCGGAAGGGCUCCACGUGUUCGGCUCGAAGAUCAGCGUUGAGAAGCGGAAUGGCAGGCACUUCCAGCGCAGCACCAUCAGCUCCGUGAUAGGCCCCGGCGAGUUGCCGCAGUGGAAAGACUUGUGGCGCGAGACGAGCGACACAAAAAAGGCCAUUUACGGCCACUCCGGGAAAAUUCUAGCUUCCGGACCCUCCCCCGAUCCUAAGAUGGAGAAACCAAGCUUUGGAGACGAGCGCGAGCCAGUUCACUGGCACAGCAUGCCGACGACGGUGGUGGAGGAGGUCUUGCACACGUUCCAGAUCGGCGUCCUCCUGGACGCGAGCAUGGCUGACGAGUCAGUGGGAUUGGCGUGUCUCCGAAUGAAAGUUUCCUACCUUGGGAUGGCGUGGACGGCAAAGCACGCCGAGCUGUUGAGCAACAGGCUCAAGCAGCGCCUUUGGGCCGAGUUCAAAGACCAGAAGAGCCCCCUGCACCAGCCCAUGUUGUGCCCAAGCUGCAUCACUUGA